AAGCCAUCGUUAACAUUCGUCAACCGAACUUCUAGGGUUUAAACCUCACUCACACCAAUUCCCGCGCUUAAGUUUAUAGGGUUUAAGCCUCUGCGACACCGUGUUUGGAGGGUUCGGCUCCCCAUUUAGCUUCCAUGGACGUUGAAAUGGAGACAUCUCCAAGCUAUUUCGAUCCCGAAGAUCUCAGCAUUCGGGAGAAGUAUCGCAGAUAUGGAAAAAGGCAGUCGGGCUCAAGCAUAUCGCCCUACCAAGAAAAUUCAGUUUCAAAGUACAGUGGAACCAGGCUUUUGUUUGAUGGACAGAGUAUUCAAAGACAGCCUAAUGCUGCUCUUUUUCUUGAAGAUAUUAAACUAGAAGUUGAGAGCUUUGAAGCUGAUCACUCAGAAGGCACACCUGCUAGGGCACAAUCUGCUUCUAAAAGGAGAUUAUCCAUUGAUAGUCAUGGAAUCUCAGAGGUGGAUGCUGGUAUUGAUUCUGUCCGCCGAGUUGGAAGUCAUUCAUUGAAAUCUUGCAAGCAUGAAGAUGACUUACUGGCAGAUGCUGGAGAGACAACCUUUGCUUUAUUUGCAUCUUUACUUGAUUCUGCUCUUCAAGGGUUGUUAUCUAUCCCUGAUCUGAUAUUACAAUUUGAGACAUCUUCCCGAAAUGUUUCAGAGUCAAUUAGAUAUGGUUCCACCACAUGGCAUCGGGUUGUGGAGGACAAAUUGAUGAGGCAGAAGGCUCUGCUCUUGCUUGAUGAGGCUGCUUCCUGGUCUCUUCUGUGGCACCUAUAUGGAAAAGGAAAUGAAGAACUUCCUGAAGAACUAAUCCUGUCCCCAACAACUUCACAUUUGGAGGCUUGCCAAUUUGUUGCAAAUGAUCAUACAGCCCAACUAUGUCUUCGGAUAGUUCAGUGGCUAGAAGGUUUAGCCUCCAAAGCCCUUGAUUUGGAAAACAAGGUGAGGGGUUCUCAUGUUGGUACGUACCUUCCCAGCUCUGGAAUUUGGCAUCAUACUCAACGGUUUCUUAAGAAAGGUGUCUCCAAUUCAAACACUGUCCAUCACUUGGAUUUCGAUGCUCCAACACGUGAACAUGCUCCUCUGCUACCUGAUGACAAAAAACAAGAUGAAUCUCUUCUAGAAGAUGUCUGGACUCUAUUAAGGGCAGGAAGGCUGGAAGAGGCUUGUGACCUUUGCCGGUCUGCUGGACAACCAUGGCGAGCUGCAACUCUAUGCCCAUUUGGAGGAUUGGACCAAUUUCCUUCUAUUGAAAGCUUGAUGAAGAAUGGAAAGAAUAGAACUCUGCAAGCCAUUGAACUUGAAAGUGGCAUUGGUAACCAGUGGCGCCUUUGGAAAUGGGCUUCCUAUUGUGCAUCAGAGAGAAUUUCUGAGCAAGAUGGUGGAAAAUACGAAACAGCUGUAUAUGCUGCCCAAUGUAGUAACCUAAAGCGCAUGCUUCCAAUCUGUAUGAACUGGGAGUCUGCAUGCUGGGCAAUGGCCAAGUCAUGGCUUGAUAUUCAAGUGGAUUUAGAACUAGCUCGCUUGCGACCUGGUGGAACUGAUCAAUUUAAAAAUUAUGGAGAUAUUGUUGAUGGUAGUCCUGGAGAAGGUGACAGUGAGUCUCAGUCUUCUGUUGGACCAGAAAAUUGGCCAUUCCAAGUCCUGAACCAACAACCAAGGCAGCUUUCUGCUCUUCUUCAGAAACUUCAUUCAGGUGACACGGUACAUGAAGCUGUGACUCGAGGCUGUAAGGAGCAGCAUCGACAAAUUGAGAUGAAUCUAAUGGUUGGGGAUAUCCCACACUUGGUGGACCUCUUAUGGUCAUGGAUAUCACCAUCAGAAGAUGAUCAAAAUGUCUUCAGGCCUCAUGGUGAUCCUCAAAUGAUUCGUUUUGGUGCACAUCUAGUGCUUGUGCUUAGAUAUUUACUUGCUGAUCAAAUGAAGGAUUCUUUUAAAGAGAAAAUUAUGGCUAUUGGUGAUCUCAUUGUCCACAUGUAUGCAAUGUUUUUAUUUUCAAAGCAACAUGAAGAGUUGGUUGGUAUAUAUGCUUCUCAGCUUGCACGGCACCGUUGUAUUGACCUCUUUGUUCACAUGAUGGAACUCAGGCUGAAUGCCAGUUUGCAUGUCAAACAUAAAAUCUUCCUUUCUGCCAUAGAGUACUUGCCAUUCUCUCCAGGGGAUGACUCAAAGGGUACUUUUGAAGAAAUUAUGGACAGUGUUCUGUCAAGAUCUCGGGAAAUCAAACUUGGUAAAUAUGAUAAGUCAUCAGAUGUAGCAGAGCAGCACCGGCUGCAGAGUCUUCAAAAAGCUAUGGCUAUUCAGUGGCUUUGCUUUACACCCCCUUCUACAAUUACUGAUGCUAAGGCUGUCAGUGUGAAACUUCUUCUGCGGGCUCUGAUACACAGCAACAUAUUGUUCAGGGAGUUUUCUCUAAUUUCUAUGUGGAGGGUUCCAGCAAUGCCAGUUGGUGCACACACUUUACUUAGUUUCCUUGCUGAACCUUUGAAGCAGCCUCCAGAAACUCUUCAUGCAUUUGAGGAGUAUAAUGUUGCUGAGAAUUUAAAAGAAUUUCAAGAUUGGAGUGAAUACUACUCCUGUGAUGCAACAUAUCGCAAUUGGCUCAAAAUUGAAUCUGAGAUUGCUGAGGUUCCCCCCCUUGAACUCUCAUUGGAGGAAAGGCAAAGAGCCAUUGCAGCAGCCAAAGAAACACUAAAUUCAUCACUUUCGUUGCUACUACGAAAGGAAAAUCCUUGGUUGGUUUCAGAUGAAAAUAAUAUUUAUGAAUCGAUGGAACCUGUAUUCCUAGAAUUGCAUGCAACUGCAAUGCUCUGUCUGCCAUCUGGUGAAUGUAUGUGUCCAGAUGCCACCUUGUGCACCACAUUAAUAAGUGCACUGUACUCCUCAGUGAGCGAGGAAAUUGUGUUGAAUCGCCAGUUAAUGGUGAAUGUUUCCAUCUCACCAAGGGACAAUUACUGCAUUGAGUUUGUUGUUCGCUGCUUGGCAGUGGAGGGUGAUGGACUUGGAUCACAUGAACUCUGUGAUGGUGGUGUUCUUGGUACUGUGAUGGCAGCUGGCUUCAAAGGGGAACUUGCACGGUUUCAAGCUGGAGUUACAAUAGAGAUCUCCCGAUUAGAUGCCUGGUAUUCAAGCAAUGAUGGUUCUCUCAAAGGGCCAGCUACAUACAUUGUGCAAGGCCUUUGUCGUAGGUGCUGUCUUCCAGAACUUGCUCUUCGAUGUAUGCAGGUUUCUGUUUCACUGGUCCAGUCAGGUGAUCCACCUGAAAAUCAUGAGUUGAUUGAACUAGUUGCCUGCCCUGAAACUGGGUUUGUCCACUUGUUUAGUCAGCAUCAGUUGCAGGAAUUUUUAUUACUUGAGAGGGAAUACUCAAUAUACAAAAUGGAGCUUCAGGAGGAUUCUCUGCUUGAAUCAUAGAAUUGGUGUAGUAGUUAAAGAGGCCUGGAAGGCAGUAUCCAUUCACUUGAUACAAUGCUGGCAAGUUUGUAAAAUGGAUGUAGAAUUGAAUUUAUUCAAUGCUGAUGAGGCUGUAAAGACGAUGUCAUGUUCAAAAGGCACAUUUAUUUUAUUUUAUUUUUAUUUUUUUGUGAA